UGUAACACAAAAGGAAAAGGAAACUGAGGCACUCAAGCAAAGGAUCCAAGAGAUGCAAACCAAUGAACAGCAGCAACAACACUUAAGAUCUGCUUUAAAAGACAAGGAAAAGGAAACUGAAAAACUCCAGCAAAGAAUUCAACAGAUUGAAGCCUCUUACCAACAGCUGCACUAUAAUGCAGAACAUUCUGUAACACAAAAGGAAAAGGAAACUGAGGCACUCAAGCAAAGGAUCCAAGAGAUGCAAACCAAUGAACAGCAGCAACAACACUUAAGAUCUGCUUUAAAAGACAAGGAAAAGGAAACUGAAAAACUCCAGCAAAGAAUUCAACAGAUUGAAGCCUCUUACCAACAGCUGCAAUAUAAUGCAAAGUAA